GUCAAAAUAUGGCCUCACUGCAUAUGUACAGGCCUAGGAUAGAACGCACUUCAGCAUGGGUCAUGACAGGGCCGCACGAAGACUUUUACAUGAGGCUCCCGUCCCUUACUGAACAAGAACGACGACAACGCAGCAUGGUACCCACAUAGGUAUAAGCCGAAUUAUGGAUACUCGAUGCUGAUGGGCACGACGCAGGGCAGGAACACCGCCCCAUAGGCUGGGCACCAGCACAGCACAUUGGUCAUUGGAGUCGUGAUAUAACUCGCGGUGAACCGCCUUUCUUGGCUUUGAUUUCGAUCACUUCUUUUGCUGGUCAACCCAUUCCUUCCUUUUGUCGAUCGCUUGUUUUUCAAGCAGUCUAGCAGUCUAGAGUCCAAACAGAGUCCGUCUCCGAGGCCUUUGAGACUCCGCAAGAUGACACAACACGAUCUCGACUAUGCCGGGCGCCGGCUGCAGCUGCUGGGUUCCCGGGUCGUCGAGCCUGAGAUGACCGGUCACCGUGUUAUUCCUACGCAUCAUCACCAACAUCAACACCAGCAUCAACUAGCCCACUCCCGCGAUGAGACGGAGUCGCUCAAUCCCAAAGAUGGGGCACACGAUACUCCCAAGUUCUCUAAGCCCGAAGCUGCUACCAAUUUUGAGCUAUUCUACGACUUGUGGUUUGUGGCCAACUUAAACGUCUUCACUAGCAUCCAUGAUAUCUCCGAUUUCUCUCGAUUUACCUCUUUCAUCGGGUAUAUGGUUCUCCUGUGGACGACAUGGGGGCUAACCACAUUGUACGAUGUACGGUUCACGGCCGACAGCAUCUGGGAGCGCUGCUGCAAGGCCGUGCACCUAGGUGUCAUGAUUGGAUUCGCCGAGAUCGGUACCAGCUUCGAUCCGGACAACCAGAUCGUGUCGAUCUUCAGGACGAUGUCGCUAUUCCUUGCCGUGUCUCGAUUCGUCCUCUUUCUCCAGUACGCGACCGUCGCGUUCCAGAUCCGCAAGUAUGCCGAUGGUAAACGACCUAUGAUUUUCACCGCUAUCCUGCAUUUCUGCGCUUCUAUGAUCUACUUGGGUGUCUCGUUCAGAUACGAUCUGGGGAAAAGCAGCCGGGUGUUUCUUGUCUGGUAUAUCGGAGGCGUCAUCGAGAUGUUGAUGCACCUAGUGUUUUCUCAGAUGUCCCACGUUUUGACUUUUCUGGGUACUCAUCUGGGCGAGCGUUUGAACCUCCUGACGCUCGUCAUUCUCGGAGAAGGCUGUAUCAUCCUUGCCAAGAGUAUCACUCUAUUGGUAAAGGACACCUUUGCCAAGGAUGCUUCGUAUACACUAUGGAGUCCGACACUCAUCGGUCUCGUCACUGCCGGGACUGCCUUGAUUUACAUCAUCUUCCAGAUCUACUUCGACUGGAUGCACGAUGAACAUUCCAUGUCUAAACGACAUCAAGUGUGGUGGACAUCAUUGCAUCUACCUUUCCACAUUGCUCUCGUACUUCUUCUCGAAGGCACAAGCCAAUUCGUCAUCUGGGCUCGUAUCGUCGAAUCUGCCAAUUCGAUCAUCAGCAAGAUCCUCGAUACCGAGCAAAAAGCUUUAACUGGCAAUCCCACUUCCGAAGAGGUUUCCGAGAAGCUUAGUGAUCUGAUCUUACCGUUCUUAAAGAAAUACCAACCUCUCGACGUUUUGGAGACGAUGAAAUCUGUCAAUGAGACUCUCGAAGAGAUCGCCGAUAUGCCCGACUCAUUUUGGAGUUCAGACCCAUCCCCGGAUGAUUCGAUGUUGGAACACUAUGUGAAGGAUCUAGCAGAACUCACUAAUACGAUGAUCAAUGCGGUUUAUAACGCUUUCGGCUUCAACCCCCCCGAGGGACAGGAGAAGGAGAGCUUGGAAAAUACGGAAUUUUGGCAGACUGCAGCAGCGGUUGCUUCUGCCAAAAGAUUCAUUCUAGUUUACAUCUACGCGUUCGCAUGCGCUGGUAUCGUCUUACUCUUUCUAACCAUCAUGCACGUCAUAUCCAAACGCAAGGGAUGGUCGCCCUUCAACAUCUUCCGCACCGCCAUCUGCAUCUCCAUCUCCAUUAUUUUGGCAUUACUCACCAUCAUAGCCGCUAACCAGGAAGCGGUACUCGAGAACGCGCGCAACACAGCCUUUGUGGGAAGCAGCUGGAUGUUGCCGACCAUUACAAUCAGCUACUUCAUCGUGCUUGUCCUAACGCACUUGCCGCAUCCGUCCGGUUUUUGCAUGGGUCACUUUAGGAAGCGCACGUACGAUGAUGUCGAGAAACCAAAUGGGGUUAGGAAAACCCGAGAUUUGAACGGGAUGAGGGACACUCGUGGCAUCGCAGACUUCGAAGACAGACGUACUGGAUACACAGGUGCUGGUCCUGAUAUGGCAUCCCCUCAACUUCCCGACUAUGACGAGCCUAGAACGACACGUUAUCCGAGCGAAGCAAGGAGGUCGAGACCUAGAGAGGAGAGGCGGGCUAGCCGCGAUGCCGAACGAAGGUAGAGGAUGCGGUGCAGAGCCUAAUAUCAUGGAUAAUUGGUGGUUCUUAGUGGAUGAGACUGUCGGCGCGCAUGGAGCUCUAGAGCUUUACAAUAUCUUUCAGAUGGCCUGAUCUUAAGCACGGCGUUUGGGGCAUGGGAGAAAAGUAUUAACGAGAAUAUAUAUUUUGGUUGUAUCCAUAGU